GAUGGCGCAAAAACAACCAAAGCAAGUAAAACAUUCUUAAUAAACGUACAAAUAAUAAUUAUUAUAUUUAACUACGUUUUUAAUAUAGUUCACAUACAACUGGUUAAAAUCUAAUGAAAAAUUUUAAGUAGGUAAUAUUACAAUUGUUCCCUAAGCUAAAAGACUGUUGUAAUAAGAUACUUAUGGCCACAUUUAAGAACAUUGAGAAGAAGAAAUGUGCAUUCAUUAUAGCCUACAAUAUUGUCUAUAGAAAUAAUGUGGUAGUAGUUUAAUGAUAUAAUUGUUUAAAAUGAGUGACGAUAGUGAUCACUUUGAAUUUGCUGACGAAGAAAUAGACGAUCAAUGUCACGAAAAACUGGUCGACAGUGUUUUAAAACUUAACAAAGCACAACAACUAAAAAAUCCUCAUCGAACAGAACCGACUACACAAAUUUCUGAAUUUAACUUAGUUAAAUCUCUUAGUUCAAAUCAGAAUGUCGUCCACGUGAAUGAACUAACUAAAGGCUUGAAAGGAAAAGCGUCCCAAGUUACACAAAAACUAAAAUCAACGACUGGAAAAAAUAAAACGUUACUUAAACCGAUCGAGAAGCAUCAAGCUGAACGCAUCAGAAGAACUUUGAAUUAUGAGAAGUCUAGAUUAGAAUUAGAUCGAUGGGAAGCUUUAGUAACAUCGAAUAGAGCUGCCCCUCAAUUAAUUUUUCCAUUAGAUAGCAUUGAGAAGGUGAAAAUUUUGGAAAAAAAAGCCGAAAUUUAUCCAUCAACUUUUAGAAUUAAAUCAGAUCUUCAGAAAAAAUUGGAAGCAUUGGAGCCACCAAUAGAGGAAUACAAAAUCGAUACAGAAGAAAAAGAUGAAUACCCAUUAACUCUUGAAGAACUUAAGGAGAAAAGGAAGGAAAGAGCGAAGCUCAGAGCUCAUCAAAGUUUCAAAGAAGCCAAAGCUAGACGACAAAAUAAAAUUAAAAGCAAAAAGUAUCAUAGAAUAUUAAGAAGAGAGAAGAUUAAACAAAAAUUGAAAGAAUUUGAAGAACUACAGAAAGUUAAUCCUGAAGAAGCAUUAAAGAAGUUGGAGGAUAUUGAAAAAGCAAGAGCAGAGGAGAGGUUCAGUUUAAGACAUAAGGGGGCUAGUCAGUGGGCCAGGAAUAAACAAGUUAGGGCUAAGUAUGACAAAGAAAGUCGACAAGAAUUAGCUAAACAGCUCGCCAUCAGUAGAGAACUAACUCAAAAAGUAAAAUCGGUUGAUAGUGGUUCAGAAGAUGAAGGUGUGGAAUCUGGAGAUGAUACUGAAUCACCUGAUAAUAAAAAUGAAGAAUCUAAUCCAUGGGUUAGUGGAAUAAAACCCACAAAAGAUGUAAUUGAUUUUGUAAGCGGAUAUAAAAAAUAUUGGAACCAACAAAACCAGAAAACUAUGCAGGAUGAAGAAAGUAUAACAGGAGAUAAAUCAACUCUAGUAGCAGAAAAUGAUAAUGAUAACAAAAUCAAUGAUGGUGGUAUAGAGGAAAGCAAUAAAAAACGUCUAAGUAAAGUUAAUAAAAAACAAACUAAAAGUAAAUUGAAUAAAAAAGAAGAUGGAUUAAAAGAAGAAAAAAAUAACUUUAAGAAAAAGUCAACAGGGACAAAGAAAAAAAAUGAUGCUGCUUCCGAUUGGUGUGUUAGUAAAUUAGAUCAAGAUUUAGAUGUCGAGGAUGUUUUUCAUAACUUAGAACAAAAGUUGAGCAAAAAAUUGAAAAGAAAACUGACAAAAAUCAAUAGGGCAAGCACUAAAAAGAUCUUGAAAAAUAAAAAGCACCAAAAAGAUAAGAAAAUAGAUUUAUCUAUGCCUCAAAGAAAAAAAAAGCCAAUCAUAGAUGAAGAAUUGAUUGAACAAACUAAAGGUAUAGAUGAGAAUGAAGAUACUACUCCAGUAAUCAACUUAAAUAGUUCUAUGAGUAAUAAUAAAGAAGAAGAACCUGUGAAUAUAAACCCAGAUAAAUUCAUUAAUGUGAAACAGACUGUUUUAAACACUGCCAUUCCAGAUUUACUCACCACUGACGAAAAUGAAGAGUGCUUGGAUCAGAAAAACAUAAUAAUGGAAGCGUUCGAAGACGAUGAUAUCGCUGCAGACUUCAGUAAAGAAAAAACAGCUGAAAUUGAAAGGGAUACACCUAAAGACAUAGAUCUUAACCUUCCCGGUUGGGGUAGUUGGGCGGGAACAGGGAUCAAUCCGAAUAAACGAAAAAAGAAAAGAUUUAUUAUAAAGGCGCCUCCGAAAAUGCCCAGGAGAGACGCCAACAAAGGAUCUCUGAUCAUUAACGAAAAGGCUCAGUCCAAAGUUAAACCCUUAUUGGUUUCAGAAAUUCCUUUUCCAUUUAAAUCUGUAAAAGAUUAUGAAGCUAGUAUUAGGGCGCCGAUCGGUAGGACAUUUGUUCCCGAAACUGCUUUCAGAAAACUCAUUGAACCUUCUGUUGUUACUAAAAUGGGUACCAUUAUAGAACCUAUUAAUAAAUCCAUACUUAUGGGUGUUAAAAAAUUUUAAUUUCACUAUUAAAUAAUCAUGCACGUAAUAUGUUUUAUUUAUUAAUUUUUUUUUGUACUGACACACUACACCAACACUCACAAUUACACUGUCUAACAUACGUUUCGAUAACCAAGUUAUCGUCUUCAGGCACACUUCUAACUUCAUGAAUAUCACUAACAAUUCUAGAAAUUCGAACUUAAUCUACUCUGUAUGUGUGAUCAAGCCUCAUUUGUAUGGAAAACAUUGUUCGAAGGACCAAAACGUGUUAUUAUGAAUGUUGGCAAGAAUACCAUCAAAGGUUACACAAAUUCCAACUUAUUAGUCCACUAUGGUGAUUUGAGCAGCUCCUUGUGUCCUAUAUACUUAGAAAAAUCGUGUAUGUAUGUAUAUUGGGUUACUUUGUACACCAUGACCGAAAGUAUAUAUAUUUUCUGUGAUAGUGGGGAACCCAGAGUUUAUAGAUAAUCUAUCAAUCAGAAAUGUGGGAUAGCUGUAGCUUUUUCUUAUUUAGACAGAUCCUUUUAGUAGAUACUCUGUUUAUAAUGUCAUAGGAGUGUCUUUUCCUGUCUCAACCCCUGUAUAUUGUCCAAGUACCCCUAUCUAUCUUCUUUUCCCAUACUUGUUCUGUAGGUGAUACAACAAAAGGGUUCAGGUCUGAUGAAAAAUUUAUCUGCCCCUGCUUUAGUUGAUCUGACACCUAUUUCGUUUCCCUCCACUCUGGUGUGCCCGGAAUCCAUUGCAAGGUAACUUUAUUUUACUUGUCUAGCUCGCUUAACUUGUCCAGGGGUUGUCACACUAGUUUGGAUGAUGAUUUCUUGUCGUCUUGCCCUACUUUCGUUUCUGCUUUUCUAGUGCCAUCCAUCCUCAUGUGAAGUAUUGUCAAAACAUCUUCUAUGUCUAAGAAAGCACAUACUACAUUUUCUUCAAAAAAAGGAGCAGAACUUCAUUGCACGUUAGUGUGAAAUGUCCAAAUUUCUACCAGUUCAUAAUAUGAAAAAUUUAAUAUUUCAUGUAAGUCGUCGGAAAAAUAAAGUAUAUAAUACAAUAGGAAACUGGAUAUUACAUACUUGUCAUAUUAUCAUAAAAUAUCCUAUUCUACACACUAGUUUCACAAUAUAAUUCAAUGCUUUUCAUCAUGGAAU